GACAUAGGUCCUCCAUGCCCCAUCAUUCAAAAUUCUCUCUUACGGACACGACUUUGAGACUUGCUUGCUCUACUUAAUCCAGCGGCAAUGUCAUCUCAAAGUUUCUAUUUGGGAGCUUUGAAGAUAGAAAAAAAUUAAGUGAGAGAGAGAGAGAGAGAAGGAAAGCGAGAGAAAAUAAUUUCCCCUUCUUCUUCUUCUUCUUCCUCCUCUUAUUGUUCCUUGAGGAUAGAGAUGAAUAGAGGGGUCUUGCAGAGCUUGCCGGUGCAACAAAUGAACAACUGGUGGAAUUUCAAUAACAUGACGAGGCCACUCUCUCAUCAUCAACAGGCAGCAGCUUCCCCUUUCUUGCCUCCCCCUGUCGCUCCACCUUCAAAUCUCUUCCCUCAAUACACUGCUCCUCCUUCAUCACUUCUUCCUUUCCCAUCCUCUUGGCAUGACAACCAGGACCUUCCAGAGUCAUGGAGUCAACUACUCUUGGGAGGAUUGGUGGGUGAAGAUGAUAAGUGUGGGAUGAGCCAUAUCCAAGGCAAGAAUAAGGUGGAGAACUGGGAAGGCCAAAUACUGCAGCACCAUAAUAAUAUUCCGAAUUCUCAAUCAGCAGCUGCAGAAAUAAAGCAAGAGAACUCAGCAGCGAGCAGCUAUGGCUACCAGCAGCAGGCUGCAGCAAAAGCUACUAAUUGGUCUCAUCAACAAAUGAUGCCCGCAUCUUCUCCAAACUCAUGUCUCACAAGUUUAAGCAGCAACAUGUUGGAUUUUUCCAACAAAAAAGCCGAUGCGCGCCAUCCCCCGCCAGAUCGUUCCUCAGAGUGCAACAGCACUGCCACUGGUGGGGCACUGAAGAAAGCUAGGGUUCAGCCUUGUAGUUCAACCCAAUCAAGCUUCAAGGUGAGGAAGGAGAAAUUAGGAGAUAGAAUAACAGCCCUUCACCAGUUGGUUUCCCCUUUUGGAAAGACUGACACAGCCUCUGUCUUGCUAGAAGCUAUUGGGUACAUUAGAUUCCUUCAGAAUCAAAUUGAGGCCCUUAGCUUGCCCUACUUGGGCAGUGGAUCAGGACAUAUGAGGCAGCAACAGUCUGUUCAAGGGGAGAGGAAUUGUUUAUUUCCGGAAGACCCUGGUCAGCUGUUGAACGACAAUUGUCUCAAGAGAAAAGCAGCUUCUGAGCAGGAUUUUCAUGAAGAAGCAAUGAAGGAUUUGAGGAGUAGAGGGCUGUGCCUGGUGCCAAUAUCGUGUACACCGCAAGUUGGGAGUGAGAAUGGUGCAGAUUACUGGGCUCCGGCCGUUGGAGGUGGAGGCCUCCGGUGAUUAAAAAUUAUUGUUUUGUGCGGCAGAGCAGCAUGGUGCAGGGUGCUUCCUUCCUGCAUGCUAGGGCUUCACCAAAUGAUAUAACAUCAUGAGCAGUCACUCUGCUAAAAUUCCCAAGGCUGAUUGCUCAUGAUGCUAUUGCAUUCUUGGCUGGGAGCUUAAAGUUUGUGCUGUAACAUAUGCAGGGGCAUCGGGCUUGAUCGUUGCCCUUAAAACUAUCUAAUUUAAGAUGUGAUCAUCUCUCUACUCUUCGUUUAAUUUCUUCCUUAAUUUGAUUAAAUGAUCUGCUAGCUAGCUAGUACGUACAAUGCUUAAUUUGGUGCAUAUACAUAUAUAUAUGCGCGCCAUGACACGAUCAUGAUUCUAGCUGUUAUAAUUGAUCCAUCAUUUUGGUGCUGCCUGGGCACUGUUAAUUCUUA